UCCGACAGCCCGGAAAGAACUGCCGGUGUUCAAGGGAAGUUGAGGAGAAAGUGACGCCACCUUCUCCUGUUUGGACUAUAUCAUAAAUAAGUUUUUGGACUUUUACUUUCGUUUUCCCAGUUUACUCUGCAUUUUUUCUGGUUGUAUGUGUGCAGAACGAUAUCCUUUUGUUGGAAAAUACUAAUACUAUCAAAAAGGCAAGCUUCUUACAGCUUGCUCCGGCCCCCAACCCCGUGUAAUUGUCUAACAUUAGCCACUGGUUCAAGGCUUUGAUUUGCCCAGUAACAUUUCUCCUCUCUCGCUGCACUGAUUCCUCCCUCCUCCAAGUCACCCAUCUCAGCCUUUAAUUUCACAUUCACAGAGGAACGCCCCGGACUGCAAUCUUCCCCCCAUUUUCGAAAACUGCUAGAGACUGGUAGGUGAUAAUGACCAUGGAUCGAUGAAAAAUGCUUAUUCAGUUUGUAGUGGGAUGAAGUUGGAGGGCCUGCAUCAACGCAGAAUUACCGAGGACACCGUUUUGCAACUUUUACAAUCUCGAUCAGUCGCUUUUUUGCUGUAGAAUUAGGUGUAGCCAGCUCUGUUCAUGACGGAAACGAUGGCGCUGAGUGGAAACUGUAGGACUAACCCUAAAGAGCCCGCUUCAGUUCAGAACAGUUUCCCAGAUGUUGUUGAAUUAAACGUAGGGGGGCAGGUUUAUUACACACGUCACUCAACUUUGGUGGGCACCCCAAAUUCUUUACUCGGAAAGCUUUUCUCCUCCAAAAAAGAUGCAUGUAACGACUUAGCGAGAGAUCCUAAAGGCCGGUAUUUCAUCGACAGAGACGGAUUUUUAUUCCGCUAUGUGUUGGACUACCUCCGUGAUAAGCAAGUCGUCCUCCCGGACCACUUCCCGGAGAAAGGGAGGCUCAGGAAAGAAGCGGAGUACUUCCAGCUGCCCGACUUAGUGAAGCUCCUGACCCCUGAAGAUAUAAAGCAAAGCCCGGACGACUACUUCCACAGUGACUAUGAAGACGGGUCCCAGGGCAGUGACCACAGGCAGUGCCCGCCGCCCUCUCUCGUCCCCGCGGACAGAAAAAGCGGUUUCAUCACGGUGGGUUACCGGGGGUCCUGCACCAUGGGACGGGAGAGUCAAACUGACGCUAAGUUCCGGAGGGUGCCUCGGAUAAUGAUAUGCGGGAGGGUGGCCCUUGCCAAAGAAGUUUUCGGGGAGACCCUGAACGAGAGCCGGGACCCGGACAGGACACCGGAACGGUACACAUCCCGGUUUUACCUCAAGUUCAAGCACCUGGAGAGGUCUUUUGACAUGCUGUCGGAGUGUGGUUUCCAAAUGGUGGCCUGCAACUCGUCAGUCACAGCCUCGUUUGUCAACCAGCACACAGAGGACAAGAUCUGGUCCAGCUACACAGAAUACGUCUUCUACCGUAAGUGA